AUGGCGGCCGUCUCGGAAAGGGUCUCUGAACCGAUGACCGCAGAUCAUUCACAGCACCGCCAACAACUUACCGAUCGUCUUGAGAUCCUGAGAAACAACGAACGUUUCUGUGAUGUGAUAGUCGAAGUAAAAGGCAAAGGGUUCAAAGCUCACAAAGCUGUUCUAGCUGCAUCAAGCCCGUUCUUUCUUACACUUUUAGAAAGUAACAUGAGAGAAAGCAACGAACAUUUGAUCAAGAUAGAACUUGAGGAAGCAACUGCGUCUAUCAUGGAAGACGUGUUAAAGUACGUUUACACUGGAAAUGUUUCAGUCACUGAGGAAAGUGCUCACAAUCUGAUUGCAACGGCCGAUUACCUUUUUUUACCAGGCUUAAAAUCGUUGGCGUGUGAUUUCUUAAAAGGGAUCUUGGCAACAGAGAACUGUGUUUUUAACUAUUACUUUGCUGAAAGAUAUCAGUGCGUGAAUCUGAAGGAGGAAUGCCGAGAGCUCAUAAAAUCAAAUUUCAGUGCAGUUAUGGAAACAGAUGAUUUCCUAAACCUUGAUGCAAAGCAAGUCUUGGAGUGGGUGUCUAGUGAUGACAUCACUGUCAGCGCGGAGGAAGAAGUUUUCAGGGGAAUCGUGAAGUGGGUACAUCGAAGCAAAAGUGAAAGAGAAAAAAAAUUUUCAGAUUUGUUGCAACACGUCCGUCUUAGUUCUUUGGACCACAAUUUUCUGUUCAAUAAACUUGUGAAGGAAGAACUUAUAACAUCUAACAAAGACUGUCUAAACUUUGUUUUUGGUUCAUUGGAGUCCAUUUUCAGCCCAUCUCUUCAAAGAAGUAUCAAAUCUAGGGCAUGUCUGCAAACACAGAUAAGUGGAAUUUUUGUUUGUGGUGGGAGAAAAGCCUUGUGUUACCUUCCCCAUGAAAAUAUUUGGUAUCAGUUACCAAACAUGUUAAUAGAACAUCAAAAUCAUGCUGCUAUGCAGUACAUGGAUAAAGUUUAUGUAUUUAGUACAUGUAAACCGAGUGUUGCAGAUUUUUACAUGCCUUCAACCAACACUUGGGGUGCAUUUCAAGUACAGUGUGCAUGGCAUGUCAAGAAAUUUUGUAGCCUAUAUAUGUCACACAAAAAUAUGACUAAUUUGUAUGCGGUUGUAGAGGAAUACUUUUCUAGGAGUAAGAUUUUACUAUAUGAUCCUGUGAAAAGCGAGUGGAAAGUCACAGCUAUUACACCUGAUAAAGUCCAUCGGUGUGGAUCCUUUGGUGUGGCUGACAGUUAUCACCUUUAUUUAAUAGGUGGAUGUGAAAAUUACUAUUCUGGGUCAAGUACAGUUCUAAGGAUUGAUACACAUGUAGAAGAAGGCAACUGUGAAGAGGUUGCACCCAUGAAUGAGGGAAGGUAUGAUGCUUUUGGAACAGCCAUGAAUGGUAAAAUCUAUGUAGCGGGUGGAAAGCAGAAUUCUUUAGUGCUAAACACUUGUGAGAUGUAUGAUCCAGCAACGAAUGAGUGGCAUAUGAUGCCAAGUCUUAAUGUACCACGUCACUCUUCAAGCAUGGUCUUCUUUCAAGGAUCUUUGUUUGUCAUUGGUGGAGUUAACAGUCAUUCAAGGGAGUUGUCAGUGGAAAUGUUUGACUCCAGUGCAAAUAAAUGGAUGAGGAAAUCAACCAUACCCAUAAAAAAUGAAAAUGGAGAGGAAAAAAAGAAAAACUGGCAUUACAAAGCUUGUUCUGCAACAGUGCAUAAAGAUGUACUGGAGAAUCAGGAGAAGAUUUCAUGACUUAAUGGCAUUCAAUGAAGUUCUAUAGAUUGUCAAUUUAAGAAUAAUUUAAAGCUGUUUUUUCUGUCUCCGGUUACCUCUGGUGGCUUAAAGAGAAAAACUAGCUAAUGACCACUUGAAGAGAUUUUACUCCAUUACCAGUGCCCAACCAAAAAUUACCAAUACCUGUUAUUGCACUUGGUGAUUAAUCCCUUGAAUACGGACUGUAAGUCAGGCUGUAAUCUUCCUACUUGUACAGUGAACCUUACUUUUAUCUUUCUUAAACCAAACAGGCCCCAAAACAUUGACCUCAACACAUUAGCCACCAGGCCACAACCUGCCAAAAUCAUGGACAGAACUCUUAAUGAAAAUGCAUACUUGGAGAGCAUUUUCCUAUCAUCGUAGCCAUAGCAAUUCUUUCCUCGCCCUCCCCCUGGAAUUGAAGCAGUGAAUAAAAAAAAAAGCCUCAACUCCGGGCAUAAAGGAAGCAUUGGUGACCUGGGGGAGGGGGUUUCCUCUGGGUAAAGCUGGGUAAAGUUUUGUUGUAUAAGGUAGUGCGCAUUCACGAAAAAACAUUCUCAAGUAGUUCUGCCUGGGAUUGUAGCUUGGAUGCCAAUGCCUCUUAUUUCCUUUGUUAGUCAAGCCACUUUUCUUUGAGCAACAAUGAAAAAAAGAGAAGUCUACAUGCAGGCUUGACCUCAUUCCAAAGAUCUCUCUUCCUCAGGAAGAACAGAGACCCUGUGAACCAGAUUGCAUUGGCUCAUUUGGCUGCUAAAGGUGAAGCCUGAGUUGUUAAAGUCAUAAUUUACCUCAAACAACUUACGUUUACCACAGUAAAGUGAAAGAAGACUGUAAAAGCUUGGUAAAGUCCAACUGUGAAAUAGUGACAAAAUCCUUGUUCUGGGCUCUCACAUGUGCACCAGGAUUUGAGUACUUGCAAUGAUUGGCCUGUUAAAAAUUCCCAAAGCUCCCUUUCCCUUACCUUUCAAACGCCUGCCACGCAGGCUAUAAUUGAUUAACCAGCCAAGUUGGAGGGAAAUUCAAGAUGCAUUUCCAGCAAUUGUUGAGUCCAUUGGGGGCCGAGAAAAAGGAUAUUGGCACUGCUUCACAGAUGUCAUUAACUAGGUUAGAUUACAUCCCUGUUUAGGCAAGGCAAAGUACUUGAGAGCUAAGGCUGCUACUUUCACCAUUGAAAGAUUAAUUAGAAUACCAAUUCAUAAUACUGAACUCUUUGAAAAUUAUUUUAAUAAAAUAGUUCUAAGUGUUUAAAAACUGAAACUGGUGUUAUCAUGGUCAUGUUAUCAUAUUUGCCCGCA